AUGACCAGCUGUGAUAUGAGGUCGUGGCUUCAAAUGAAGACACUCUGGAGAUUAAGCCUGAGAGUAUUCUGGGCCGCUGUGAUGGUUCUCGGCCUCACCACUCUUUUCACCUUAGCAUAUGACAAUAUCGCCUUCUUCAUCUCAACCCACGAAGACACUUUCAGCAACCCCAGACACAGACCAUCCCUCUUCACAAAUUACUUCACCCACGGCGUCAGACCAGUACCCUGCCACUCGCACAACGACUACUGGAGACGAGUACCUCUAUAUUCCGCCCUCUCAGCCGGCUGCACGAGCGUGGAAGCCGACAUAUGGCUAGAAAAUGACAUACUUCGUGUCGGCCAUACCCAACACACAAUCCUCCGCGGACAAACACUAGACAGCCUCUAUCUAAAUCCGCUGCUGGAGAUGCUACAACAGCAUAAUACACCCCUAAAUGGAUCGGCCCCAGUCUCCGCCUCAACAUUAGCAAUUGCACCAUCAUCAGAUUCGACUCCAGAAUCACAAUCGCCAUCAGCAUCAGACCAACCCUCAGAUCUAACCUCAACCUACGCCGACGCCCACAUUCACACCCUCGCCCACCCUCCCAAAAAAAUAAUCGGCAUAUUCCCCACAAACCCAAGCCAAACCCUCAUUCUCCUCAUCGACUUCAAAAGCGGCGAACACCAGUGGGAACACCUCAUGGAUGCCCUCAGCCCACUCCGAGAAGGCGGUUAUCUCAGCCACGCGAUCACCAAUUCAAGCUCCGAAACCGAGAUAAUCACCCGCCCCAUCACGAUCGUAGCAACAGGUUCAGCCCCAUAUCACCGCAUCCUCUCCAAUCCACACAAAGACAUAUUCUACGACGCCCCGCUAGACAGCCUGGACACUACACCCACAUCCUCAAUCCGAACCCCCUACUCCUGGCAAAACAGCUACUACGCCUCCGUCGAUUUCCACCGCUCAAUCGGGUCACUGCCACUAGCUCGACUUUCGCAGGCCCAGUUGGCGAAAUUGAGAGACCAGAUCCGGGGUGCGCAUGAACGAGGUUUGAAAGUUAGGUACUGGGGGACGCCUGGGUGGCCGGUGGGCUUGAGGAAUUAUGUUUGGCGGGUUCUUGUUCGUGAGGGGGGUUGA